AUGAAGAAGCCCAAGGUGGCGGCCGAGCUGCGAAAGUGGGCCCUCAAGACCUUCCCGGAAAAUGGCUAUGUGAACUUCUACCAGGCACGGUUUCUGGAUGUGGAUGCCAACAGGCCACAAGAGGCCAAGCCGUUCUACGACAAAGCCCUCGGCCUACUGCCGAACAAUGUGAAGGUGCUGACAGAAGUCAUUCUGUUUUACGACCUGGCGCUCCAGGAUUCCAAGUUCUCGGCGUCAUUCGUCGAGCGCAGGUCAAGACCAGGCAAAGCUGGUGAAGCACCGCUGCUGAAUCUCGCUGGCCCCGGGGCCGGUGUCUUGAUGUGUGAAGCUGCUGUUGCCGCCAAAAACGGUGGCCAUGCGGCCCUGAGCAAGCAGCUUUGGAACCGAGCCAGAGAUCUUUCACCUCUAAGCCAGUGUGUGAAGAACAAUUGGCCCAUUAUAUAUGGCGAGAAAAGCCAAGAAGACAACUCCCACAAGCUGGAGUACACCCCGUGGGCAAAAGUCAAGAUGGUGAUUGCUGGUGGUGUUGGCCUGGAAGUUGGCCCGCAUCACCAGACAAAUGCACGAUUCUUGGGAGGUGAGACGUUUGUCGUCUGGCCUCCGGCGAACAAGACGAACUGGUGA